AUGAGAUCCAAACCCCAAAACUUCCAAAUUUUCAUUCAAUCGGCAGAUCUUCAGAUUCCCACACGUGCCUUAAUUUUGCAAAACCCUAACCCUAACACUAAUUUCUCUGUCCACCACCUCAAAUCGGACCUUGUUUCAAGCACAAGAAUUUCUCCGAAAUCCCUUUUCUUCAGCCUUAAUGGAAAGCUCCUCGUUGAUUCUACGCCCCUGUUUCAAAAUCCACAAAUUGGUCCCCUCUCCACUCUUACCGUCCAUAUGCGACAUAAUGGAGGUGGUGGAGAUGGUGGCGCUACCGGGGCUGAGUCGCGUGACUGUUAUUUGAAUAUGUAUGCUGUUAAAAAGCCCGAUAAGGUUGAUCCUAAUGAGAUGCGGCUGUCAAAGUGGUUAAAUUGUAGUUUGUCCAAUGAGCCGCUGAAACACCCGGUAGUCAUUGAUAAGUUAGGGAAUUUGUUCAACAAAGAGGCGUUGGUGGAGGCUUUAUUGAAGAAAAAUUUGCCCAAAGAGUUUAGAUAUAUUAAGGGUUUGAAGGAUAUGAUUGCAGUCGAGCUCGCUGAGGUUCCGGGGAUUAGAGAGAGGGGGGCAAUGAAAUUCCAGUGCCCCAUAACGGGGCUGGAAUUUAAUGGGAAUUACAAGUUUUUCACGAUAAAAAGUUGUGGGCAUGUAUUGAGUGCCAAGGCGUUGAAGGAGGUAAAGUCAUCUGCAUGUUUGGUUUGUCAUAAGGAGUUCACAGAAAGUGAUAAGAUUGUCAUCAAUGGGAACGAAGAGGAAGUGGAGGCAUUGAGAGGGAAGAUUGAAGGAGAGGCAAAAUUGAAAGAUAAUAACAAGAAAUCGAAGAAAGUGAAGAAUGGGGGUGCGAAUGGAGAGGCUGGACGUCUGACAGGGACAAAACAUGGGAUUGAAGGGAAUGCUAUUGACCAUAAUAAUAUUGGUUCCUCGAAGAGGUUCAAGGCAGCAGAUAUGGCCCCUGCAAAUGCAACCAAGGAGGUGUAUGCAUCAAUUUUUACUUCGUCAAAGAAAAAAGAUUUCAAGGAGACGUAUUCUUGUAGAUCAUUGCCUCUUGGUAGAAACUGA